AUUCAGUUUCUGAGUAAGAGUCGGAAUUGGCCGGAAUAUGGGUGGGAAAAACAACGUGAACCCACGUUGCCCUAAUUUCUAACAGGCGUACAGAGGGGGACAUACAUCCAGAAGCGCGGCGCCCGAGAUAAGACCACUCACUUCGCUACCAUGCCAGGAGUUCUCGUGAGCGCGCACUGGCACAGCAGAAUGCUUCGAGCGAACUUACGCGCGCAAUGAAUCCCUUUAACGAGACUGGGACUGAGACACGCGCGGAGACUUAUCUUUUCGCCGUCGGCACGUACAAACUUCUCGCCUUCGCCAUCGGCACCAUUGGCGUGCUGGGCUUCUGCAACAACGUCGUGGUCAUCAUACUUUACUACAAAUUCAAGAGACUGCGAACGCCCACCAAUCUGCUGCUGGUCAACAUCAGCGUGAGUGACCUCCUGGUGUCCAUCAUUGGGGUUAACUUCACCUUCGUCUCGUGCGUAAAGCGAGGAUGGGUAUGGGACGCCGCCACCUGCGUUUGGGAUGGAUUCAGCAACAGCUUAUUCGGAAUUGUAUCCAUCAUGACACUCUCUGCCCUGGCAUAUGAACGCUACAUUAGAGUGGUACAUGCCAAGGUCAUAGACUUCCCCUGGGCUUGGAGGGCCAUCACCCACAUCUGGCUUUACUCACUGGCCUGGACCAGUGCUCCUCUGCUGGGCUGGAACAGGUACACGCUAGAGGUCCACCAACUGGGCUGUUCCUUGGACUGGGCAUCUAAAGACCCUAAUGAUGCAUCCUUCAUCCUCUUCUUCCUCCUUGGUUGCUUCUUCGUUCCUGUGGGGGUCAUGACCUACUGCUAUGGGAAUAUUUUGUACACUGUUCACAUGCUGCGGUCCAUUGAGGAUCUCCAGACAGUGCAGAUUAUUAAGAUCUUGCGCUAUGAGAAGAAGGUGGCAGCCAUGUUCCUGCUGAUGAUCUUCUGUUACCUGCUGUGCUGGACACCCUACGCUGUGGUCUCCAUGCUGGAGGCUUUUGGCAAGCAGAGCAUGGUCUCCCCUACCGUCGCCAUUAUCCCCUCAUUCUUCGCCAAGUCCAGCACAGCCUACAACCCUGUUAUAUAUGCCUUCAUGAGCAGGAAGUUUCGACGUUGCAUGCUGCAGCUGCUGUGCUCUCGCCUGGCUCGUCUGCAGCGCGGCAUCAAGGACCGUCCACUGACCUGUGCUGACCGGCCCAUACGGCCCAUCGUGAUGUCACAGAGCCGUGAUGAGCGGCCCAAGAAGCGAGUGACCUUCAACUCCUCCUCUAUCGUCUUCAUCAUCACCAGCAAUGACACGUACCCUCUGGACUUCCGUACUAAAUGCAGUGAGGUACCAGAUGUCAAUGUCAUCCAAGUGCGCCCCAUCUGACUCCAGGGACUCCAUCGCCAUGGUGAUGAAACACUUUGCUCCUAUACCCUUCUGUGCUGUGAAGAAAUUCUUGUGAAGUCGAACAUUAUUUCGAUCUGAUUGGUCCUUAGAACUACUGCGGAAAAACCCAUUUGACCAUGCUGACCCCUAGUCCACAAAGUAGACCACUGAUGUUGCAGCAAUGGUUUUCCCUCUUUACUGUGGAUAUUGUAUUAGUUGUUGUUGUAGUUAAUGUUAAUUACUUAUUUAAUUGCGCAAAACAGACUCUUUUUCUACUGAAUUACUCAUAAACUAUGCUAAAGCUAAUAUCAUUUAAUAUUAUUUAACGCCCUUUCUCAUUUUGCUUGGAUGGAAAUGUAUAUUCAACCAAGCCCUCUUCUAUCUUACAGAGGGACACAUGGACCCUUUUCAUGCGCACAGUGUUGUGGGCAAAACUAGAACCUCUGCUGACCUCGAGUAUUAAACAACUUGUAUAAUCGCACUUUAAAGUAUUUUAUUGAGAAGUCUAGCUUUAUGUACCUUUCUGACAGCCUUGAGUAACCUGCUACUUGUACUUCACACUUCCUAUAUUUGUCAAUAACUGCAAAUGUUCUCAAUUUUCAGGUUUUGAAAUCAGUAUGCAAUUCACGACUGUGCCUGUCUCUGAUUAGCUAUCACAGUUCCUGAGCUAGAUGGCAGCAGUGGGUACAUCGAGGACUUGAACUGUGAACUAUUUAAAGGAAGGAUGAAAAGGAAGGAUAGCAUUCCUUGUCUGGAACUAGCAAGUGAAGCAAAUGAGACUGAACAGGAGUUUUUCACUAGUGAUGCUUUGAAUGGGUGCUUGGUUCGCAAAUGCAUGAAAAGGGUCCAUCAAUCCUUCACUGGCACAACAGAUGAGCAGAACGAACAAGACUUUGGAAUGUAGGGCAAGACUUAAUAAACGAAACAAUCUACCUGUGUAAUGGGAUACUACCUUCUCAGUCAUGUACAGGACCAAUAAAGAGACAUUCUAUUUCAAUA